ACUGCUCGGCUUGAUUAGGCUCAGUGUUUUGGUGUUACUAUCCCGGUACAGAUUGGAUUGAAAAGUACUCAAACUUCUAAGAUGUUUUUAUUAGUGGUGUUAGCAGGUGCUCUAACCGUGGUCUAUUUACUGACCUUAUGGCUGAAAGACUGGUACUCAUUUUGGAAGAAAAUGGACGCCCCAUACGAAGAGCCGGAUCUCUUCUACGGGAAUUUGACAAGUGUAGCAAAGAAAAUGGACCACCUCGGGGGUAGUAUGCAAAAGAUCUAUGAGAAGUUCAAAGGUCGGGCGCCGUUUGUUGGUAUCUAUAUGUUCCUGAAGCCAGCGGCUCUGCUGGUAGACCUCGAACUAGUGAAGAAUGUGUUGAUCAAGGAUUUCAAUUACUUCCAUGAUCGCGGUGUGUUCUACAAUGAAAAAGAUGACCCCAUAUCUGCGCAUUUAUUUGCACUUCAGGGUCCCAAAUGGAAGCUACUUCGCAAUAAACUUUCUCCGACCUUCACCAGUGGAAAGAUGAAAAUGAUGUUUCCUACGAUUGUCGAUAUUGCAAAGCGCUUUGAAGCCACUAUCGAUGAGGUCGCAGAGCGUGAUGCCGAUCUCGAUAUCAAGAAAUUAAUGGCCCGUUUUACGGUGGAAGUAAUCGGGGUGUGCGCAUUCGGACUUGAUUGUAACAGCGUCGCGGAUGAGAAUAGUGAAUUCUACCGCGUAGGACUCAGUGUGUUCAGUAAUCCAAGGCAUAGCUUCCCCGUUGACUUGUUAAUGAUUGCAUAUCGCGAAUUGGCAAGGAAAAUUGGCUGUAAACGCUUCCGUGAUGAAGUUUCUGAUUUCUACACGCGAGUGGUAAAGAGCACUGUGAGCUUCCGCACAGCGAAUGAUGUCCACAGGCAUGAUUUCAUGGAGUUGCUCAUUGAUUUGUACCAACGGCAAGAUGACAACAAAAUCACAUUCAAUGAGCUUUUGGCCCAGGCGUUUGUGUUUUUCAUUGCUGGAUUCGAGACAUCGUCAACUACAUUGCAAUUUUGCUUCUACGAAUUGGCAGCUAACCCUGAUAUUCAGACUAAAGCUAGGAACCAUAUCAAUGAAGUCCUGGAGAGACAUGGUGGAGACUUGACCUAUGAAGCGAUGAUGGAUAUGAAGUAUCUGGACCAGAUAAUAAAUGAAACUCUACGCCUCUACCCGCCUGUGAUGUCACUUUUCCGUGAAACCGACAAGGACUACCCCGUCCCCGGAACGAACUUCAUUUUGAAGAAAGGAGUAACCGUCCUUAUUCCAGCUUUUGCUAUUCAACGUGAUCCCGAUGUAUACCCGAAUCCACUCAAGUUUGAUCCUGAUCACUUUUCUGAGGAGAAUAUGAAAGGUAGGACUCCAGUCGCAUUCUUGCCAUUCGGGGAAGGACCCAGAAUUUGUAUUGGUGCCAGGUUUGGAAUGAUGCAAGUUCGUGUCGCGCUUAUAACUGCUUUGAGGAAAUACAAAUAUAGUUUGUCACCAAAGACGAAAUCACCCCUGGAGUUGUCAAAGAAUGCCUUCAUUACUUCCCCGGUUGGAGGUAUAUGGUUGAACGUUGAAUCGUUAUAAAGUAAGCGCGCUUAUUGAUAACUCUAUGUGGAAUUAAGGACAAUAAAGUUGCUUCUAGAUUACAUCAAAA